AUGGCUGCUUUGAGAUCUACUUCAGCUAACGCACUUUUGAAUCUUUCUCCGGUUGCCAUUAAGAUCUGCGACUUCGGCUUUGCGCGCCUCUCGUCGUCGAUAUGGUGCAAGCGGAAUACGUCGCCAAUCGGUGACAUCGAGUCAUACGAAUUUCGUUCUCGAUUUCUUGAUCACAUUACUCUGCUGCGAUUGGCUAGUGGUAGAUUACUGUGUAUGCAAAAGUGUAGCAUACCAUCUGCAUAA